AUGUUUGUGCGGAACGACGCCAAGGAGUUCCGGUUCUGCCGGUCGAAGUGCCACAAGGCGUUUAAACAGAAGAGAAACCCAAGAAAACUGAAAUGGACCAAGGCUUUCAGAAAAGCUGCUGGAAAAGAACUCGCUGUCGACUCUACGCUCACAUUUGCCAGUAGACGUAACGUUCCUGUGCGGUAUAAUAGAGAUCUGGUGGCCACCACGCUGAAGGCGAUGUCCAGAAUCGAGGCCAUCAGACAGAAGAGAGAGAGAGCUUUCUACAAGAAUAGAAUGAGAGGCAACAAGGAGAGGCAACUUGCUGCAGACAGAAAGCUUGUGGAGGACAACGCAGAGUUGCUCAAGAUGAGAGAGGUGGAGCUGAGAAUAAAGGCCGAAAAGGCAGCUGCCAAGGCAGAGAGACAGCAGCAGGAAGACGAGAUGGACGCCGACGAAGACAUGGACGAGGACAUGGAGAGCGAACAGAGCGAAGACGAAGAGGAACAACAAGCGCAAAAGAUCUUGCUCAGAAACAAACGCAAGUCGAAGGUCAAGUUUUAA